AUGGAUCGCUUUUCAAUAUAUUUACGGCAAACAUAUCGCAAUCUUUUAAAGGAAUUUCUUAACGAAAGUGGAAUGCAUGGCUUAAAACUACUUCUAUACACCUCGACCAUACGCUAUGCCAAGUACAUCUGGCUUAUUUUUCUCACCAGCAUUAUUGUCGGCACUUAUGUAAUAAUUAUUAAUUUAAUUAUUCAAUAUUUGGAUCAACCAACUGAAGUACUUUUGUCCACGAAGCUGGUGCAUGUUUCCAAUAGCCCAUUUCCAGCGGUCGCUAUUUGUAGUGCAAACAAGAUAAGUCGACAUAAGUUAAUGCUAUAUGCGGCGAAGGUUUAUAAGGCUCAGGAGGCACUCCAUUCAGGACUACUCGCAAAAAAUGUCAGUGAAAUGGCUGAGCAACUUAUGCUGCUCACUGGAUUCUUCCUCUACCCCUUCGACACAUACUCGAACGCAGAUCCACGACUUCGUCAAUUACACGACAUACUCACGAGCAUGUACAAUGGCAGUGAAUAUUCAACACGAGAAAUACUCUAUAAUUUAGCGCCGCACUGUGAAGACAUCAUCAUACGUGGCAUGGUAUUCGGCAAGCCAAUCAAUACAACGCGUUAUUUUCAGAAACGUUCAAUAUCAGCGGGUGCCUGUUGCCUAUUCAAUUAUCGACGCGAGAGUUACGUAACCAAUAUCACAAGAGCCACUCUGGAAAUGAAUAAUGUCACAUUUGAAUCCAAUAGCAUAUUGAAUUCGAUACAAUUCGUUUUGCAAAGCGAUCCGAAUGAUUAUACGCAUUCCGAAUUCGCUAGUUACGCAUUUCAGCUUUAUUUGUUUCCACAACAAGAUUAUCCCACCUCUAUGACGAAUACAUUGGGUGAGAUUUUGGUAAACCCUAGAAGCAUAAUGCAAAUCCCAGUACAGCCAACUUUUUACGAGGCACCACGUUCUAUAAGCAGCUUUUCGCCGGCGGUAAGGGAAUGUUAUUUCAAAGAUGAGGGACAACAGUUGUUAAAUAGAUCCUAUUACUCGCUUGAUGAAUGUCUACUCAUUUGCCGCAUGCGAAGUAUGCAGCGAUAUUGUGGGUGCGUAAACCCAAUGCUCGCACCGACGCUCAUCAAUGCAACUGCCUGCAGUUUGACACAAUUGCCUUGUCUUACGCGCUGGAUGCGUUUGUUCAAUCAGUGGUCGUACUUCGAGUAUGUCGACCAGCCGCAUGGAUUUGAUAAAUGUAAACUUUGUAUGCCAACUUGUAACGGCAUAAACUAUAAAUUUUACAACAAUUACUUACCUUUGCGCGAAGCAACUGACGCUGAUCCCUACACCAAUGGCUUGUUAAAAGGCCUCAAUAGCGUUAAAACAGUGGCUUUGGUUAAAUUGUACUUCAAACAAAAGUAUGCGGAAUCGACGAGGAGAGAUGUCAUAGGCGAUUGGGUGAUGUUGUUAAGUAGGUUUGGCGGAAUCUUAUCGCUUUUUUACGGCUUUAGCAUACUAAGUUUCAUAGAAAUUAUAUACUUCAUAAGUGGAAAAUGGUUUGUACUCAUAAAUAAGGCAUGGCAGUUAGCGAAAAUGCGGAAGCAACAACAAAGUGCGCUAGCUUCGGAGAAAAAACCGGUAUAUACGCUAUAUUGGAACGAGUUGCAGCCGCCAUCAGUUAAGCUCAAAAAAUAUCCUAAGAAUAUAAUAUGGAUCAACCAAACUCACGGCAGAUUAUAA